AUGUGGAGGUCGGUGUUAGGUAGAAUACCAGUGGCUGAAACAUUGGUUGUAAGGGGGAUAUAUACCUACAGUACCCUAUGCUCUCUCUAUAGCACAGAAACUGAAACGGCUGAUCAUUUGCUCAUUACUUGUGGCUAUUCUAGAGUGGUGCAACAUUGGAUAUUCAAAUGGUGUGGAUUGGAAGACAUUAUGUUCUCAAAUAUUAGAGAAUUCAUUGACUUCGCGGCUACUUGGGGAAACUUUCCUAGAAAAAAGGAGAUCUUAACCACGGUCGUCUAUUGCCUUGUUUGGAACAUUUGGCUAUCCAGGAACGACAAGAUUUUCAAACAUAUUGGUGCAAAUCCUACAAAAAUCGUUGAUAAUAUAAUUUCGCUCUCGUAUAUAUGGUGCAAGCAUCGAGAGAGAAUUAGUGCUGGAAGCUCGAAGUACAAAUCGUUAAGCAAGGAUUACAAGCUAUCUGAGCUAAGUUUAGCAUACAUGUCUCACCAAACAAGAAGUGGUCUUGGGUAUGGUAAUCAAGAGGCAAUGACGACUAGUGCAAGUACACCUCAGCAGGUUGGUGGCCCUAGUCGACAAGCAAGGAAUACCAAUCAGGAAGUGGACUUAAGGGCCACAAUUGCUGAAGAGGUUUCACGAGCCCUUCGUGAGGCUGUUCCAAUGAUUGUGGAACAAAAUCGGGACAUCAUUGCAAAGAUGAUGGAAGAGCGAUUGAAUGUGAACAGGAGAACCGAAGAGGUGAAUGAAAACAUGGAUCAGUUACAAAUCGAGCAACAAAGAGGUGAUGAAACAAACCAAAAAGAUGGGUGUUCGUAUAAGUAUUUCUUGAGUUGUAAGCCACCAGAGUUUAAGGGAAGUGGUGAUCCUGUGAUUAGUAUGAGGUGGUUGAAAGAAAUGGAAAAUGUGUUCAAAACAAGCAAGUGUUCUGAAGGUGAUAAGGUCAUGUAUGCAGUGACAAUGUUGAAGGAUGAAGCUUUAUAUUGGUGGGACAUGGUUAGUGGUAUGCUUGGAGAGGGGAUUGUGGGACAACUUACAUGGGGUCAAUUCAUUGCGAAGUUCAAGGAAGAUUUCAUUUCAGAAAGUGCAUUGGAUCAGAUUGAGGAAGAGUUUCUGACACUUAAACAAGGGGAAUCUUCUGUGGUUGAUUACACUUACAGGUUCAUGGAAAAAGCAAGGUUUGUAGAGCACCAAAUCCCUACUGAAAAGAAAAAGAUUAAAAGGUAUGUAUGGGGGUUAAGGGCGAACAUUCGUGAGUUUGUCUCAAAUCGCGACUUGGCCACUUUUAGACAAGUUGUGGAAGCGGCUAAAGAAAGAGAGAAGGAACUAAACUUUCAGAAACACGAAAUGAGUAGUGUUGUUAAAAGGAAACGGGAUGAUCGAACAUAUGAAUCAUCCAAAAAGCUCCAAAUUGAAGGUGGUAGUAGGAAAUUCGAUAAACAAAGAGAUGCAAAGUGGUGUGAGAAGUACAACCAGAGGCACAUAAGGGAAUGCACUCCCGAGGUUGUGGAGUGCUGUCGGUGUGGGAAAGGUGAUGAUCAGUUUAGUUGGGACUAUAACCACAAAAAUAAAAUAUGUUACGAGUGUUCAUUGGUUGGACAUGUGAGGGUUGAUUAUCCUAAGUUGAAGAAACGAGAGCCUUGUUCGAAGGUGGAAGUGGUUAGGUGUAGGAGAGGAACUGUGAAAGAAGAACGAGAUUUUAUGUGUUAAGCGAUGUGAGUUUCAAAUGAUCAUGGAUGAGGAGGCAAUUACGAUAUCGGAUGUUGUUAUAGGUACAUUUUUAUUAACUUUUACGUGCGUGAGUGUUAUUUAAUUCAAGUGCUAAUAAGUCGUUUGUUUCUAAAUUUUUUUUUUGAAAGAUUUGAUGUAACUCCUAAUAAGUUAGAUGACACAUUAGUACUAGAGAUGAUGGAUAUAUAGCGAUCAUGUUCUAGUGAAUGUUGGAUAUAACGAUUGUUUGAUUUAGGUCAUACUCACAAAUUACUAGUGAAUGAUAUGUAUUUUCUAGUUCAUUGUUUUAUUUAUUUCUUCUAGUUGGAUGUCUAAUCGAUACAAAGGUUGUAAUGGUGAUUGGCUUGCUUGAGUUUCCAAUACUAAAUCCAUAGUUGC